AAAACACAAAAAGUUAAUUAAACAAUUAUAAAAUUUAAAAAAAAAUAUAUUGGAUAUAACAAUAAUUAUUUAUAAUUAAAUUAGUGUGAAAAAUUAAAAAAAAUUGUAGAAAAAAAAUAUGAAAUCGAUUUAAUUUGUUAUAAUAUGUGGGCUUAUAAAUUGAAUUACAAGAAAUUUUGAUUGAAUGAUUGAAACCGUGAUACGCGAGAGGCGAUCGAACGGAGGUGAAAAAACAAUGUCACACAUUUCACAAUUCCGUGGGUCGCCAAAUACACAGAGCAAUGUCUCAUCAACCUCAGCACCCUCAUCUCCACCACCAGUUCCGAUAUCAGCAUCAACAGCAAACACAGUGCCGCCGGGUGCUCGAAGUUCAUCACCAUGUUCGGCUACAUCAAAUGGUCCACCAAGUUCACGUUGCUGCGAUACUGGACGACCUCUGUUUACAGACCCAAUUACAGGUCAAACAGUGUGUUCCUGUCAAUACGAUCAAUCGAUUAUUAAUUACCAAAGACUAGCAAGUGGAAUUGCUCCACCAUUAUCAAUGUAUAGUUCACCAUAUUCAGCAGAAACAAUGGCAGCAUACUUUCCUGCUCUGAGUAGUGAUCAGCAACCAUUUUAUCCGAAUCCAGCUGCAGCCGGUUUAGACUUAAAAGAAAAUUUAACUGGAAGUCCAUGGCCUUAUCCUCCCGUUUAUCCUGGCUACGAUGCUGCUCUUGCUGGUUAUCACUUUAAUGGCUAUCCAAUGGAUUUGAAUGGAGCGAGGAGGAAGAAUGCAACGCGUGAAACAACAAGCACAUUGAAAGCAUGGCUCAACGAGCAUAAGAAGAAUCCAUAUCCAACAAAGGGGGAGAAGAUAAUGUUGGCAAUUAUUACAAAAAUGACACUAACACAAGUGUCUACGUGGUUUGCUAAUGCACGGAGACGUCUGAAAAAGGAGAAUAAGAUGACUUGGGAACCGAGAAAUCGCGUUGAAGAUGAUGAUGUAAAUUUAGAUGAUGACGAUCAUAAAAGCAAUGAUGAUAAAGAUCUACUUGAUUCUGGAACGGCAUCAAGCGAAGAUGGCGACAGACCAUCGAGAAUGGAUCUUAUGGAUCGUUCACAAGGCAAUCACGGUGAGUGGAGUGAAUCACGGAAUGGUAGUGGUCCAAAUUCACCUGACAUAUAUGAUCGUACUGGUAAUCCACAUCCGGCACAUGCGAUGUUCAAUCCAUCAGUACUUAAUUUACGACCUCCUCAUCCUGGUGUCUCGCCAACAAAUCCACCGCAAACAGUGAGUGGAAAUACAAAUCCAAAUGUUAUUAAACCUAGAAUAUGGUCAUUAGCUGAUAUGGCUAGUAAAGAGAAUAAAGAUGAAACACCGAGUCAGACGAUAAAUAAUGGAAAUUCAUAUAAUGCAUCUGUGCAUGGGAAGAUCUUAUCACCAUUAGCCGCAAGAGGACUACAUCCACUUCAUCAUCCAUAUAUGCGACCAGAGCUAUAUAGGAAUUUUUAUAGUCCCGCAACUGCUCAUUUACAAGGUAGUCCACACGAUACUGCAAUAUUAGAAUCAUAUCAAAGAACUUUUAAUGCAACGUUAGCCCAUAAUGGACUUUCUGGUACAGUUCCAUUGAGUUCAGUCCUUAAAGGAUCACCGUUUGGUCCAUUAAGUUUAACAACUGUAUCAGGUAUGAAUCAACCAACAGCAAUUCCACCACCUAGAGCAUCAUCGCCAGCAUCAAGUACGUCAUCAACACCCGAUCAUAAUCAUACACCGGAAAAGUCAUUGUCAUCAGCUUCAACGCCGGUGAUUCCAGUUCCAAUAAAUGUUACAAAGCCAUGACACUAAAAGCGUGAAAUCAUAUACGGAAUGGCAUCAGUAAGCAAAAGAAUAAGAAGCAUUAAUUAAUUUAAAAAAUUCAAUUUUAUUGCGCGAAUUACAAAUAAAAUAUAAAUUAAAUUAAUAUGAAAAAAAAAAAUAAUGAAAAAACAUAUUAAAAAAAUAUUGAAUGGGACAAUAAAAAUAACAUAAAUGAAAAUGUGAUUUAAUUUUCAUUUAAAAUAAAUUUCAUCACAUGUUCUACGUGGAAACAGGGUAACUUGAAAAACUUUUUUUUUUCAUUGCAAAACAACAACAAGACACAAAAUAACAUUGAUUGAUACAUAAACAUGAACAACAUAUAUAAUUACAUAAAAUUAAGUAACAUCAUACUUACAAAUAAAUACACCUAUUCUGUUAUUAAAUGUUCUUUUUGCAAACAAUUGUCAUCGGAAUUAAUGAAUUUUGUUCCAUCCAACUCUCUGUUUUAAUUGUUUUUGACAAAUUGAAAUAAUUUGUGAAAUUUCGAAAAUUAUUUAUUAGCCUUUAUGGAUUCGAUCAACUUUGAAAACCUAUUCAAAAGUUGAAAAAUUGUAAAUUUCUGUUGUAAAUUUUGAAUAAUGAUGCUGAGAGGACCGAAUCUUAACUAGAUUCUAUAAAAAUGAUUCCAAGAUGAUCAAAUUUAAACUAAAAUACUGAAUUUGUCAUCUCGGAAGUAAAUUUCAUCCCCUUAGUAAGGCAUAUUAAAAUUUGAAAAAUCCGUUAUAAAAUUAAUUUUAUCAUCUCGGAACCAUUUUCCAACUCCUUUCAGCAUGGCAAAUUUAAAUUUGAAAACUCGGUUGAAAAUAUUUCCGUUAAAUUUAAAAGUAAAAUCGAUACUAUACCGACACGACAAGUCAAACGAUAGCAAAUAAAUGAUCAUAUCCUAUUUUUAUUGAGUGUAUAACUAAGUUCCGAAGAAAAAUAAUAAUGUUUUGUUUUUCUUCAUGAAAAAUAUGAUGAUAAUCAACGAAUAAACAAGAAAUAACAAUAAUUGAAUGAGAAGAAAACCACAUAAUAAUUAAUUUAUCUCUCCUCCUUUUUGUAUACAU